AGAGAGCAGAAGGUCCGGGAGAUGCAGGGAGAAGCUCCUGCUGCGACCCUCGCUGCUCCCGCUCUCAUCUGCUGCCUCCUGCCGGGACCUCCGCCCUCCUGCACCGCUACCUCCACCUUCCUCCACCGGACCUCCGCCCUCCUGCACCGGACCAGCACCAUGGAGAGCUCCGGGUCGCUCCUCGGGCUGCUGCUGCUGCUCGGCCUGCUGUCGGUUCUGUGUCACGGUCAAGUUUCUCUGGAGGUUUCCGACGAGUUUGGAGAAGACAAACCAGAAGCAGCUGCGGACAGAGAUCUGUUGGAGGCGCUGGAGGCUCUGCUGGGUCGGGCACAAAACCGAGUUCCCUCCACAGAGAAGCGAGGCAGCAUCCCUCUGUGUGGGAUGGGCGACCGUUGUGCCAUGAAGUUCGGCCCUCGCAUCGGGAAGCUCUGUGACUGUGGAAGAGCAGCAAACUGCAACUCCUACCUGCUAAAAUGCAUCUGAACCCCAGACUACUUUUGUUUUCCACUUCUGCAGGAACAAACAUCCUCCAGCAGGCAGCACAACUUCCAUAAUCCAGCUCCACCCCUCAGUCACUCUCUGUGUCUAACAUCAUCAUUUAUCUUUUAUUAUUAUUAUUAUUAUUACUGUUGUUGUUGCCUGAGGAGAAGCAUGGAUUUUAUACUGCUGACUGUUGUGGUGAUGCUCUGUGGCAUGUGGAUGUUUCAUGUUCAAUAAACAGGUAUGUCAACAUAGA